GUCAAUCUCUGUUUGAAGGUUUUCCCUAUGAUUAUUGAUAUUGAUUCGAUUUCUUUAUCUUGAUUCCCCAACUUAGGUUUGACGAUGUCACCUUCAUAAGGACAAAGGAGUCAGCUGAUGCACAAAAUGAAAUGCAAGAGAAUAGUGGCUCGGUGGAGGCUAUCAUACUUGAUAUAAAAGAUCGGAAAAGGAUUGGAGGUGCUUAUUUGAAAUCUGAUAUGAUAUGUUGCACUCCGCAGUUGGCUGAAGAGAAAGCCUGCAAAUUAGGUCAAGUUAUUAUUUAGAGAAACCCAGAUAACCUCGAAUGGCCUAGACGCAUAACAACUUCCUUUGCUGGGAGAAAUCAAGAAGCAAAGAUGGAGAGUGUGACGGUCGAGAUCGAUAAGACAGGGAUGUACUACUUGUAUUUUAUGUUUUGUGAUCCAUAUCUCAAAGGUACCAUAAUUAAAGGGAGGACAGUAUGGAGAAAUCCAAGUGGUUAUUUGCCUGGAAAAAUGGCUCCUUUGAUGGUAGUGUUUGGUUUAAUGUCAUUGGCUUACCUUGUAUUUGGACUUAUAUGGUUUUUGAAGUUUGUUAAACACUGGAAGGAUGUCGUACAGUUGCAUUACCACAUAACUGCAGUUAUUGCUCUUGGAAUGUUUGAAUCGGCUCUCUGGUACUCUGAAAAUUCCAACUUAAACUCCACUGGAAGAAGACCGAUGGGCAUCACGAUGUGGGCUGUCACUUUUAGUGCAGUAAAGAAAGCACUCUCGAGACUUCUCUUAUUGGUAGUGUCAAUGGGUUAUGGAAUGGUGAGACCUACCCUUGGGGGCAUAACCUCAAGAGUGCUUCUUUUUGGUGGAGCAUAUCUAGUUGCAUCCGAGUCGUAUGAACUCGUUGAACAUCUUGGGAAUAUCAAUGACUUGUCUGGAAAGACAGCAUUGUUUCUGGUCUUGCCCGUUACAUUGCUGGAUGCUUGCUUUAUAUUAUGGAUCUUUUCAUCAUUAUCCAAAACUCUGGAGCAACUUCAGGUACUCAUGCUCUGUUUACUUUGGUAG